UGGUUAGAAAAAGAAGAUGAGAGGCUUCAAGAAUUGAGAGGGAGAUCUUGGAGAUCUUCUAUCAAGGUGAUUCGAGAGAGAGAUCGUGACAAGAUAAGAGCUCUUUGAUCUUGGAGAUCUUGUAUUGAGGAGAUUUGAGAGAGAGAUCAUGACAAGAUGAGAGCUCAUUCAUCAAUCGCUUCCAGUUUCUCCUUCACUUCAUUCCGAGAAGAAGACGAAGACGGGAGCAUUCGAGAGCAGAGAGCCUUCCAACCUCAGUUUAUCGGAGGAAAUGCCGGAGUUGAGGGAGCCGCUCGUUGGCGGGGGUUACUGGAUCCGCCGGGUGGAUUACUCCCCCGCGGCAAUGACUGGUCAAGGGAAGGUGCGGCGACUUUUUCCGAUGAAUAACAAGGAGAAUAUCCCGUAUGGUUGGCGCAGAUCGCCGGCGGCGAGGGUCCGGAGGCCGGGGAGGAGUCCGCUCCCAGAUUGGUACCCGCGGACACCACUUCGGGACAUCACAGCAAUAGUGAAGGCUUAUGAAAAGAAGCGCCUGCGCAUCCAAGCAGCACAGGCAUCUGCAGCCUCUUCCUCAGCCGCGCCUGACAUUCAAAUCAGCAACCCACAGCCACAGGAAUCGACACCACCACCUGCUUCUCACCCUUCCACGACUCUGCCGCUGGAAGCUUACCCUACCACCAUGAUCAAGCCACAUCUGCAAGCUGAUGAGACGCCUCAGACCCCAGCCCCUACGACGGAUCAUGCCUAUGAUGGACAAACUCCAGCAACCGAGAGCCCUCUCUUGAACUCAAUCGAGCAGAUUGAAAGGGCUGUGAAAAGAAAUAUGGCUCGAAUGAAGAAGCCUGAGAACAAGAGGGUUACGCAGCUGCGGAAUCUCAUGUCCAUGAGGUGAAAGAUGAUUACCUUGGGUUGGCGUUGGUCAGGUCUUGCCCCUAACCCCAGCUAAUCAUCUCUUUCCUUGCUGGCUUUUUAGUCAAAACGAGCGUUUCACCUCAUAGACAUGAGAUUCCACAGCUGCAUAAACCUCUUGUUCUCAGGCUUCUUCAUCUUAAUCAAAUUUCUUUUGACAGGUUUUUCAAUCUACUCGAUUGUGUUCAAGAUAGAUCUUGCAAGUUCCUGUGUGGGCUUAGUGAUUGACCAGACCAACAACCCAGUAAUCAUCUCUUUCCUUGUUACGCUUUAAGAGUCAAUGAUGAACUCAAUUCACAUAUGUAAAUAUUACUGUUGAUUGGACGAUUGUAGAAACUUUGGUACAGUUAGCAGCAACAGAUGAAGGCCAAUCUUAGCCCCUCAAUUGUUGCGCAUGGACAUGUUUUCAUUUUAGAAUUACUCCAUGAUAUCAUCUUCAGAUGAUUGAUUGAUCACUGCUUGUUUUUUUCAUUGAUUUUCCAUGGAUAUAUAGCAAAUCACAGAUAAUAGAAUCAGCCGAUGUUUUCAGUUUGAUUAGAUGAUAUAAUAGCAGAUUGGUAAUCACUAAGUUUAGCCGUGCAUAGUCUUCAAAAGUGGGAGCCAAAUCUAAAUACAGUAAGAAGGCAAAGCUAAAAAAAAGCAUAAUUCACCAUUUUCUAUCAGAGAUUACAAUGAUGAUAACAUUCACAACUAAGGAGAGUUAAAUCUAUCAUCUUCCCCAAUAAAUUAAAUUCCAUUUAAAAA